AUGACUGAAACAUUAAAACUACGAGGCACUUUAUGUGGCCACAAUGGAUGGGUUACACAAAUUGCAACGAAUCCUAAAUACCCGGAUAUGAUUCUAUCUUCUUCUCGUGACAAAACCUUAAUUGUAUGGAAGCUCACUAGAGACGAAACUAACUACGGAUUGCCGCAGAAGCGUCUCUACGGUCACUCUCACUUCAUUUCGGAUGUAGUUUUAUCAAGUGAUGGUAACUACGCACUUUCUGGAUCUUGGGACAAAACCCUGCGUUUAUGGGAUCUCGCUGCGGGAAAAACUACUAGGCGUUUUGAAGACCAUACUAAGGAUGUUCUCUCCGUCGCAUUUUCUGUAGACAACCGUCAGAUUGUCUCUGGAUCUCGGGACAAAACAAUUAAGCUGUGGAACACUUUAGCUGAAUGCAAAUAUACCAUUCAGGAUGAUGGACACAGUGAUUGGGUAUCUUGUGUUAGAUUUUCACCAAAUCAUGCCAAUCCAAUUAUUGUAUCAGCUGGUUGGGAUCGUACUGUUAAGGUAUGGCACCUGACCAACUGCAAGUUGAAGAUUAACCACCUUGGGCAUUCUGGAUACCUCAAUACCGUGACAGUAUCUCCUGAUGGAUCACUAUGUGCUUCUGGUGGCAAGGAUAUGAAGGCGAUGCUGUGGGACCUUAAUGAUGGCAAACACCUUCAUACAUUGGACCACAAUGACAUCAUCACAGCUCUGUGCUUCUCACCCAACAGAUAUUGGCUCUGUGCUGCAUUUGGACCAUCUAUUAAAAUCUGGGACUUGGAAAGCAAGGAGAUGGUGGAAGAACUCAAACCUGACAUUAUCAACGAAAACCGUACAAGCCCCAAGUCUGAUCCACCCCAGUGCCUCUCUCUUGCCUGGUCGACUGAUGGACAAACUCUAUUUGCUGGUUACACUGACAACAUCAUUAGAGUCUGGCAGGUUUCAGUCUCUGCAAGAUAA